AUGGAGAACCCCGCACCCACAGAAACCCUUGAGCAGAUCCAGACGCGGCACCGCCGUGAGCUAAAGGAUCUGCAGGGUCGCAUAACAGGAAAGAAGAAGAAUGCUACCAAGAAGACUCGAAAAGGCGUCAAUGAUGAGUGCGCAGAGAUGGAACGUCAGCUGCAAGACAAGCAAGCCUCUGAGAUCGCUGCCCUGAACCCGAGCGAGAGCACGAACAAUGACAACAACGAAGACGAUACUGUCCCCGAGGUAGAGGAUAAGCCAGGUGGGGAUAAUCUAGCUGAAGAGACUCAGAAACUUAGCCUUUCGCAACCAGUAGAACAGCAACAGCAACCCGGGAAGAAACGUAACCGCCAAAAGGAGAGAAUGGCUCGACGGGCUGCUGAGCAGGAAGCCGAGGCGCAGCGCGCAGAGGAGGAGGCAUCCAAUAUGACGAAUCACCGGGCGAAGGAGAGCGAGUAUAUGAAGACGAUGUUUGAGAAGCAUGGCCUGGUAGAGCAGGACAUUGCACCGGAUGGACAUUGUCUGUUUUCCGCAGUUGCGGAUCAAUUGGGACAAAACGAAAUUCCUCUUAGUGAUGGAACUACACAAGAGCCGGCUUAUAAGACAGUACGAAGGGUCGCUUCGAAUUACAUGCUGGAGCACGGAGACGAUUUUGCCCCUUUCCUCGAAGAAGAUCUCGAAGGUUAUGCUCGCAAGAUGAAGGACACUGCCGAAUGGGGAGGACAGCUCGAGCUCAUGGCACUUGCACGGCAGUACAAGGCAGAAAUUCGAGUGGUGCAAGACGGGCGCAUGGAACGUAUUGGUGAGGAAGAAGGAGUCGAGUCGGGAAAGACACUAUGGCUGGCAUACUACAGGCACGGCUACGGUCUGGGAGAGCAUUACAACUCUCUUCGAAAAACAUCAUGA